AUGGCGGUUUCGGGUUUGAGAACUGGCGCUUUACCGUUAAUUCACCAUCACCGUCUUCGUUCACCAUUGGCAUCUCCUUCCUUCGAGAAGCUCAAUAAGUCCAAGAGAUUCACUCUCUUUGCUCGCUAUGCUCAAACACAGGACCUUUUCUCAUCUCGUCGAAUCCAAGAUAGUAUUGAAAAGCUGCCCAAGCUUGUGGAGGACAUUGUCCAGACAUCUGUAGAGACGGGUCCUAGGGGUGCUCUUAGGUUGGUUCAAGGUGUUCAAGCUUUCCUUGGGGUUGGUCAAGAGUGGUUAACCGAUGCAUCAAAGUCAACAAAUCCAUCUGCUGGGUUACCGAAAGAAUUGCAACUUGGCUUACUGUCCCCCUUUUACUUGAGGAGGUUGUUUGAACGCCUCGGGGCAACCUACAUCAAAUUAGGACAGUUCAUAGCGUCCGCACCAACACUGUUUCCAGCUGAGUAUGUACAAGAAUUUCAGAACUGUUUUGAUAGAGCUCCUCCAGUUUCUUUUGAGGAAAUUCAAGCAAUAUUGCGCAAGGAAUUAGGAAGACCAAUAGAAAGUGUUUACGAAUAUGUCGACCCAACACCCCUUGCUUCUGCAUCUAUAGCACAGGUUCAUGGUGCAAGGCUAAAAGGCUCACAAGAGGAUGUGGUUAUAAAGGUCUUAAAACCAGGAAUAGAGGACAUAUUACUGGCGGAUCUUAAUUUUGUUUAUGUUGUUGCUCGGAUAUUGGAGUUCCUGAAUCCUGAAAUAAGUCGGACAUCACUGGUUGGUAUUGUAAAGGACAUACGAGAGUCUAUGCUUGAAGAAGUUGACUUUUACAAGGAGGCUGCAAAUGUUGAGGCUUUCAGGAGAUAUUUAGAAGCAACAGGACUCACUGGACAAGCAACAGCUCCAAAAGUGUAUAAAAACUGUAGUACAAAGCAAGUUUUAACCAUGCAAAGACUAUAUGGAGUUCCUCUUACUGACCUUGACUCCAUUAGUUCAUUAGUUACUAGCCCGGAAACAAGUGUUAUAACUGCUCUCAAUGUGUGGUUUGGAAGUUUGCUUGCAUGUGAAUCUUUUCAUGCAGAUGUGCAUGCUGGAAAUUUGUGGCUUCUACGUGAUGGCCGUAUUGGAUUUCUUGACUUUGGAAUUGUUGGUCGCAUAUCUCCCAAAACCUGGGCUGCUAUGGAAGUCUUCUUAGGAUCGAUUGCCAUUGAAGAUUAUGACUCAAUGGCAUCUUCCUUAAUUCAAAUGGGUGCUACAAGCAACGAUGUAAAUGCUAAUGCCUUUUCCAGAGAUUUGGAGAAAGUGUUUUCAUCAAUUAAGGAGUUGGACACUGAAGUAGUUGUAGCAGCUAGAAGUGGAACAGCCAGAAAUCCAGCUGCUAUCUCUGCUAAUGUAGUUGUCGAUGAGAGGCAGAUGAAUGCACUAUUCCUUGAUGUGGUUCGGGUUAGUGAAUCUUAUGGAUUAAAGUUUCCUCGAGAAUUUGCGCUUCUCCUGAAGCAGCUCUUGUAUUUUGACCGGUACACGCGGUUGCUGGCUCCCAAUUUGAACAUGCUUCAGGAUCAGAGGAUUUCUAUUGCCUCCAACAGAAGAAGCAACUAUAGAGAAAUUUAA